AUGACAAGUGAUUUAUUAGACGUAAAUGAUUCAUUAUACACAGCGGAUACAUCCUUCGAUGACCAAGAAUAUCACGAAGCACAAACAGAUUUUAUCAUACCUAAACACACAGAAAUGAUAAAUUCAGAUAAUGAAGAAUAUGAUGCUGAUGCUGAUCGUAGUGUUAGUGAUGACGAGGAGAAAAAUAAUAGUAGUAAUAAUGAAACAAUUAAUGCAAUCCUUAAUAUUAACUUGAAUCCGAAAUUUAUGAAAUUAAUUUCAUUUGCUGGGUCUUGUUCGAUCAAUUUGGUUUUGCCAUUCGUGAAUGGGUUAAUGUUGGGUUUUGGUGAGUUAUUCGCACAUGAGUUGAGUUGGAAGUUUAAUUGGUUUGGUGGAAGAUCUCAUCCUAAUGGAUUUAGAAUAUAUCCGGAAAGUAGAAAAUUUAAAGCACAAGAGGAAAAACAAUCUAGUUUCUUAUAG